GGAGGGAGAGAGAGAGAGAAAAAGAAAAAAAAAAUAAGAUGCCGAGUUCGCUCUUUGUCGACAUGGAGCGGAACGGCAGCGGUGUCGGUGGUGGUGGAGGAGGAGGAGGAGGAGGUGGUGGUGGUGGUGGCGAGACGUUGGAUGACCAAAGGGCUUUGCAGAUUGCUCUGGACCAGCUCUCUCUGCUCGGUUUGGACAAUGACGAGAACUCCAUCUACGACAACGAACCGAGGAAGAAAAGCGUCAACAUGACCGAGUGUGUCCCCGUUCCCAGCUCCGAGCAUGUAGCAGAAAUCGUGGGCAGACAAGGUUGCAAAAUUAAAGCUUUGCGGGCAAAGACCAACACUUACAUCAAGACCCCGGUGCGCGGGGAGGAGCCUGUGUUUGUUGUCACCGGGAGGAAAGAGGACGUCGCCAUGGCCAGGAGGGAGAUCAUCUCGGCGGCGGAGCACUUCUCCAUGAUCCGAGCCUCCCGCAACAAGAACACCGCGUUGAACGGCAGCGCCCCGGGUCCGCCCAACCUCCCGGGCCAGACCACCAUCCAGGUCCGGGUGCCCUACCGGGUGGUGGGGCUGGUGGUGGGUCCCAAGGGGGCCACCAUCAAGCGGAUCCAGCAGCAGACCCACACCUACAUCGUGACGCCGAGCCGGGACAAGGAGCCGGUGUUCGAGGUGACGGGGAUGCCCGAGAACGUGGACCGAGCCCGGGAGGAGAUCGAGGCGCACAUCGCCAUGCGCACGGGAGGGCUGAUCGAGCUGACGGACGAGAACGACUUCCACGCCAACGGGACCGACGUGGGGUUCGACGUGAACGCCCCCGGGAGCCUGUGGAGCAAACCCACCCCCGGGCGCAAGCCCUUCUCCAGCUACCGGAACGACAGCUCCAGUUCGCUGGGCAGCGCGUCCACCGACUCCUACUUCGGCACCAACGGCUGCAGGUUGGCCGAGUACAGUCCGCCUCACCCCUUCUGCAGCAACAACAACAACAACAACAACGGCGGCGGCAACGGCGGAGGAGGAGGAGGAGGAGGAGGCAACAGCGGCCACGCCAACGGCAAUGGAUAUGUCUACGCCGGCGAUGCCACCAUCAGCAACGCCACCGCCGCCAUCAGCAUCCCCCCACCUUCCUCCUCCUCCUCCUCCUCCUCCCCCCUGCAGGGCGAGCACGAGCGCGAUCUGGGCUUCGAGUCGCCCAGCUUCGACCCGGCCCCGGCCCCCCCCGGCUCCUCGGCCCUCAUCUGGUCCCAGUUCGACCGGCCCGGCCCGGGCGGGGUCUUUGCGGCCAGUGGCACCAGCAACGGCCACGGUGUCUCUCCUCCAUCCUCCUCCUCCUCCUCUUCUUCCUCCUCCUCCUCCUCCUCCAACUCCUCCUCCUCCUCCAUCUGCUGCCCUCAGCCCCAACAGCAGAGGCGAGCCAACAGCCUGGGCUCCGGGCCCCCCCCCAGGCUGUCCCCACCGCUCCAGGUCCUCAGCGGCAGCAGCAGCAGCAGCAACAACAACAACAACAACGGGGUGUUGUUGUCGUCGGAGCACCCCCUGGCCCGGCGGGUGCGCAGCGACCCCCUGAGCGGCACCGGCAUCGGGCUGGUGCCUUUCCCCGGCGGCGGAGCACCUCCGCCGGUCGUCGUCGUCGGAGGAGGAGGAGGAAUUGGUGGGGGACCCUCCGCGCUCCCUCCCCCGGCAGCGGCGGUCGUGCUCCCCACCGGGCACCUGGCGGCGGCGGCGGCGGGGGGUGAGCAUCCCAACUCUUCUUCCAAUUCCUCCUCUUCAUCUUCCUCCUCCUCCUCCUCCUCCUCUUCGUCCUCCUCCUCCUCCUCGUCGGGCGGCAUGAGGAGGAAGGGCAGCCGGGACUGCCUGAUGUGCCUGGAGAGCGAGGUGAUCGCCGCGCUGGUGCCCUGCGGCCACAACCUCUUCUGCAUGGAGUGCGCCAACCGCAUCUGCGAGAAGAGCGCGCCCGAGUGCCCGGUGUGCCGCACAGCUGUUACUCAGGCCAUACGUAUAUUUUCGUAAACGCAGAGGGAAGCGAAACACUACCAACACCACAACACCCCAACACAUAAACAAACACGAAAAGAAAAAGAAAAGCCAACCAACAAAAACACAAAACGAACGCACACACACACACACACACACACAGGCGCGCAAACGACUGUCCUUCCUUUGUAACACAACU